UCACAUACACACACUGAGACUCUUCCGGUUUGCCCACAUGAGGAUGUCAGGUAAGGGCGUUGAGCAGGUAAAACACAGUGGCGCAUGCGCAGUGCCGGCCUCAGCCCUUGGCUACGUAGCAUGAUCAUCUCACCUGGGUCCAGCAAAGCGGAAGCCGAAGAGGCAGCCGCUGCGCCUCAUCUGUCAUCAGCUCCAUCACCACAGUCACUGCCUCCUUCCGCCAGCAGCUCUCUCCGCCUUCGCCACCUGCCCAGGAUCAGCCUGAAAAAACAGGCAGUCACACCAGUCCCUGGCACUACUUGCCCAACACGGAGGAUCAGCUCAGCACCAUCCCGCUCCAUCACUAAUUUCUCCUUUUAAGGUUCACUUGCCAGCGAUGGGUCAUUUGUUAUAGACUGCUUCAGCCAGAUGGCAAGUAUGAUGCAUACAAUGGCUGGUGUAAAAAGACUUAUUUUAGGGAGACGAUCUAUGCACUGGAAACUUGGUGCAGUCACACUCAUAUUUAUGGGAUUUUUGUUUUUAAUACAAAGAGAAGUAGUUGAUCAAGAGAAGGAAGGAACUAGUGAUCACAAGGGGUCAUAUAGGAAGAACAAAAUGUUGAACAUUAUGAUGGAAGCAGUGAACAAUAUUAAAGAUGUAAUGCCAAAAAUGCAAAUAAUUGCACCUGUAAGACAGACUGACAGUGAAAAUAAGCGGCAAUGUUUGCCAGGAUAUUACACUGCAGCAGAACUAAGGCCUUACCGCGAAAGACCUCCCCAAGACCCUAAUGCCCCUGGAGCUUCUGGGAGACCAUUCAAAAUGGACAAAUUAACCCCAGAUGAGGAAGAAGAAAAAGAGCGUGGAGAAAAGAAGCAUUGUUUUAAUCUUUUUGCUAGCGACAGAAUUUCAUUUCACCGCGAUUUAGGACCAGACACAAGACCUCCAGAGUGCAUUGAACAAAAAUUUAAGCGUUGUCCAUCAUUACCAACGACUAGCAUUAUAAUAGUGUUUCACAAUGAAGCAUGGUCCACACUUAUUCGAACUGUGUACAGUGUGAUGUACACUUCCCCAGCGAUACUCCUCAAAGAAAUCAUUAUGGUGGAUGAUGCGAGUGUAGAUGACUAUUUAAAAGAUGAACUGGAUAAAUAUGUAGAACAAUUUCAAAUUGUAAAAGUGGUCCGUCAAAAGGAAAGAAAAGGUCUCAUUACAGCUCGAUUACUAGGAGCUUCGGUAGCUACAGGAGACACUCUUACAUUUUUAGAUGCACACUGUGAAUGCUAUUAUGGCUGGCUGGAGCCUCUGUUGGCAAGAAUUGCAGAAAAUAACACUGCUGUUGUCAGCCCAGAUAUUGCCGCUAUAGAUCUUAAUACAUUUGAGUUUGGCAGUCCGUCACCCUAUGGAAAUAAUCACAACAGGGGAAAUUUUGACUGGAGUCUUUCGUUUGGUUGGGAAUCUCUUCCUAGUGAUGAAAAGAAGAGAAGGAAAGAUGAAACAUACCCUAUUAAGACACCAACUUUUGCUGGAGGCCUUUUUUCUAUUUCUAAGGAAUAUUUUGAAUAUAUUGGAAGCUAUGAUGAAGAAAUGGAAAUCUGGGGAGGAGAAAAUAUAGAAAUGUCUUUUAGGGUGUGGCAGUGUGGUGGGCAGCUGGAGAUUUUACCUUGUGCUGUUGUUGGCCAUGUAUUUCGAAGCAAAAGUCCCCAUACUUUCCCUAAAGGUACCCAGGUGAUUAUUCGAAACCAGGUUCGUCUUGCAGAAGUGUGGAUGGAUAACUAUAAAGAAAUAUUUUAUCGGAGAAAUAGAGAAGCUGCAAAUAUUGUUCAGCAGAAAAGUUACGGAGAUUUGUCCAAACGCAACAAGUUAAGAGAUCAUCUUCAGUGCAAAAAUUUUACUUGGUACCUCCAAAAUAUUUAUCCAGAAAUGUACGUUCCAGACUUAAAUCCUCUAAUAUAUGGAGAUUUACAAAAUGUUGGUAGACAAAUGUGUUUGGAUGCUGGAAGUGAUAAUCGUGGAGAUAAACCUCUUAUCAUGUAUGCUUGCCAUGGCCUUGGGGGAAACCAGUAUUUUGAAUAUACCUUAAGCCAUGAAAUUCGACAUAAUAUUCAAAGAGAACUGUGCCUUCGGCCUACUUAUGGACCAUUGCUCAUUAAAGUUUGUAGAUACCAAGGAAAAGACACAACUGUGAAUCCUGAAGAAAAGUGGGAGCUACGAAAGGAUCAAUUAUUGUACAAUCCAGCAUUUAACCUGUGUGUCACCGCAAAUGCAGAAAACCCAAGCCUCGUAGCUUGUGAUGCUACAGAUCCGUUCCAACAAUGGGUGUUUCGGCAAAGCGCAUAACUAUGCAAUAAGGGACCGUUCUUUUUUUAUACUGUGAUUAGGGUGUGUGAAGUAGCUUUUGGCUAUAAUUAUGUUGUGUCCAUAAAAAAUUCCUCUGUUAUGUUACAUGAAAAAAUACUACAGAUAUUUGUCAAAUGCAUACUUUUUUCAUCUUCAAUUAUCAAAAUUGGCUAAAUGUUAUCUUAGUUUUUUGCCAUUUUAGUUAUAAUAAGGUUGGAUGUGUAUUAAUAGUUAAGCAAAGGUUUACAGUAACUAUAGCACAAUUGUAAUCAUAUGUUUAGCAAUUCUGGAAUUUAUUUUAAAACGCCCAUACCUGGGAGAGUAAUUCAGACAACAUUAUUUUGGCAACCAUGUACCUAGUAGGAGAACUAAUUAAAUAAAUGUUCUAUGGACCAUUUACUCUGUCAAUAUAAAAAAACCUAUUUAUAACAAAAGAUAUACGAUUUAUUCAAACUGCUAAAUUACUUGUUCAAAUGUAUUUUAUAAAGUUAGGUCAUAUUUUAUAUGAAAGGGCUUUUUUUUUUCUCUUAAUUUAGUUACUAAAUUUCAGGGUUUUUUUACAAGGAUAUUGUCUAGGUAAAGCUUGUAGAGAAAAUAGUAAGUUUCAGAGAUGAACUUUUUGCAAAUGCCUUCAUUUAAGGUUAUUGUAAACAUAACAUGAUUUAAAAUCAGGUCCGGAAUCUAAGCAAUAUUUUAGCAGGUACUUUAAUUGAUCACUUCUAAUGAAGAUGCGCUAUAACUUACUUUUUAAUCUAGCCGUACCGUUCUAAUACGCCCACUUCAAAACUAAAUUUUUUUGUGAGCUAACAGUUUGAACUAUUCUCCAAUCGGUGCUCUAGUCAUAUAGCACUUUUUUUUCUUUUUUUUGUUUUGUUGCUAGAGCUCCAAUUGGAAAACAGUUCAAAUUGAAUGGCACUGCUAGAUAUUAAAGUAAGUUACAGCGCAUCUAGAUUAGAAGUAAACAAUUAAAGUCCUUGUAAAAUAUUGCUUAGAUUCCAGACCUGAUUUUAAAGUUUACCAUCUCUUUAAAUAACUACAAAUAAAUCAAAUUCUCCUCUUUAUCUGCAAAUGUGGAGUUAUAAAGCCACACACUGAUAUUGCACUAUGUACCUUGUUGUGAAGUAAACAACAUUACACCUCAGUUUUCUUUAUAUACUGUGCAAAAAUAUUUCCCCAGUCAUUAUGUUUAAAGUAUAGAACUAUAAAUGGAAGAAAUGAACUGUUACUAACUGUUCUCAAUCAGUCGCUUUUUUAUGGCAUAUUUGAAUUGUAUAUGAUUUGAGAGAAUUUGAGAGUCUUUCUAAUUCAAAAUAAAAAUAUUUUUUUGUAUGCAGGUAAAUAUGCAAUUAGCCAGUGAGAUUGUAUCUUUAUGAUACUGGUGUGCUGUUGGGAUUUUUAUGUUAAAUGUAUAUAUAUAUAUAUUUUUUUUUACGUUUGGAAGGAUCUUUUUUAAGGCCAUAUUGGCUAGGAUGAUAUUUUGUUUCUAAUUUUAUCACUUACAAACUUUUAAGAAAAAUCUGUAUGGUUUAUAUAUUGGAGGAUUUUUAAGGGAUGGUAUUUUGUGGCUCCUAAAACAAUAAAAGUUCAUAUUUCUAA